CUGCCACAUUAUAUAGUUUGCAUUCAUGACGGAGAGACUCUCAUGCAAAAAGUAAAGGCUGAAGCUGAAACCAGUUGAAGAGUUCUGCUCGAGCCAACAACAUCCAUCCAUUCUCUAAAAACUUCAUGCAAGCAAAAUCAUACAGCGUUCAUGCAAUUUCUUUCUUUCUCAGGUGAAAUAAUAAAAUUGAGAAAAAUAUCUACAACACAGCUAAAAUACACACAAAGUCCAUCAUAAGGUAGACUUUAAGGAGAACAGUUUCAGUUUCAGAGAGGAACGUGUCGUCGACAAGGCGAAGAAAUUAUUAUUUACUAUUAAUUCUGCCCCGAUUUGUCUAAAAGUCUACAUCAACCGUGUGAAUUUAUCCGUGCAUUCAGCGAAAUUGACUCAGUUUAUUGAACUAGGACAAGUUAUUCAUUGGCAAAAUGUUAUUAUUUCAAAGAGUGAAUUUUUUAAUACGGAGCCGCACUUUCAAGAAGUAAUGCAUACUUGACAAUGAGUAUUAUUGCAUGGGGACAGAUUGCGCAUAAAUCGUAAUGAUAGUCAACACAAUGACGGGAAUCCGCAAAGAGAGUAAUAAACUGUCUACCACGACCCGUGGUCGAAAACGCCCAGUCCGCGACCUCCUCCGCGACGACCUUCCCGACGACAUUCCCGACGACAUCCCCGACUCAUUAAUUAAAGAUAUAUUUAACGAUGAAGAAAUCCACAUGGCUGCCGACAACUUGCUCCACAUACGAGAAGAAGACUUGGACGAGUACGACGAGAGCAGUGAUGGCGACAAUUCCAACAGUUUUAACUAUUCUUUAAAAGACUUUGGGUUAGGGAGCUGUUCUUCCGGUGCGUCAGAAGAGGGGUCCACUUCCGGUCGUGGCGGUGGAACGAGUAGUAGUGGCGGCACGGCAAAUGGGAAACGACGCUACAAACGGUCUUCCGAAGGUCAAGGGGGAAGUCAGAGUUGUGGCGAUGACGCCAACGAGGGGAAUGGUUCUGAAGCGUCGGAAAAGUCGAGAGGGCGCGGGGACGGGUACGACGGGAAGAGAAAACAAGUGCUGUCCGCGAGAGAAAGGAAUCUUCGGCGUCUAGAAUCAAAUGAACGUGAAAGGCAGCGGAUGCACUCACUCAACGAUGCCUUCCAGCAACUUCGUGAAGUCAUUCCGCACGUGGCAAUGGCGAGGAAAUUGUCAAAAAUUGAAACCCUAACUCUGGCCAAACAUUACAUUAUGGCAUUAACAAAUGUGAUAUGCGACAUGCGGGGGGAUGAGAAGCCCUACAAGUUUUUGGAGGAACUCGCCUCCGCUGGGGGGGAAGGUGUGGAUGAGGACGAGGAGACUGAUCUGGAGGACAAUUCCAAUAACGCCAAUAACUUUAACAUGUCCUCACCCGCUUCAGCAGCCACAUAAUGUUCAAACGUGUAGUUAAUAAUAUAAGUAAUUAAUAACAACAAACUUUACUAUGAUCGAUGAAGUGUGUGUAAUCAAUCGAUUAUCAAAACUGCAGUGCAGGCAGACUUAUCUUGCUCAUGAUAACUAAUUAUUAAAACUUGGACAAAAAAGAAAAGUGAUUCUCCUAAUUGAUACCAACCAACUAACGGCCAACGGUGAAAAAAUAGAGAGAAUUAGAGUUCAACCGUUACCCAUUUUCCCAAUGGACGACAUAUGUCAUCAUCAUCAUCAUCAAUAAUUACGCAAAAAUUGUGUUUUUCCAAUUUUUAAGAAAAAAUUUUACCGCAAGAGAGAAACUCAAAAAUGGAGAAAAUAUAUAAUGGACCACUGGAAUAAACCCCAAAUAUAAAAUUCCCCCCGACCCCACAGAGUAAAUAUUUGUAUUGAAUUUUAUUAUUAUUGUUUCAUUCUUUGAAGUUGAUUGAUUGAUGGGUGUGGAUCUCCUCCGUUGCAAUAAGCUGAAUGUUUUAUUACACUACAUAUUUAAGCUACAUACAUAAGAGUUAAAAGCGUUGUGUGCUAUUUUAGCAAUCUAAUCUCACAUUUUAAAAGAAUGGAUCAUCAUUUGCUACAUACAUAUAUUCAUAUAAAAUAAUAAUAUAAUAUACAUAUAUUUUAUGCCGAGCUAUAUUUUAUUCCUUCCGUAUUUAUUCACUCGUCUGCUGGUGUACGUACUUGCGUACUUUUGUGCAUAUUUAAUAAUGAUAAGAACGAGAGGAUUGGAAAAAAAGAAGAGUACAUAUACAUUUAUAUUGUAAUGUUGGUUGAUGGAUGAUGGAUGGAUGGGUGGGUGCCGAAACGAGAGCAUAUCUAUUAUUUUGUUAAGCAUGCAUGCAUUACUUUUGUAAAUAAUUGUCAAACAAUGUGUAGUUAAAGUUUGCUGGCCGGAAUUUAUAAGUACUUAAAAUUUUAAGCAAACAUUACAACAACAAUGCAAAGAGAGAUUUUAUAUACCGUUUGUUGCCCGUCUUUCAGAGAAAUCAAAUAUUUCCUUUAGUUUUGGGGGAAACCCUGAAAUUAUGCAAAGUAUUUACAUACACAAGGAUUGUUUAAAAUACGUACUUACUUAUAAUGGGAAAAGUUAUGACUUUCUUUCAUUUCAUGACAAUAAAAGUUAUUGAGUUAAAUAGGAUUUUGAAAUUAUUGACAUUUAAAAGUAUGCUAAAUCAAAUUCAAUAAUUUAUCUAAGUGUUGAGGGGAAAGACAUUUGUCGGCUAAAAAAACGUAAAAAAUUUCAUUAUUUCAAUGCAAUGGAAACACAUAGUCAGUUGGAAGGGUCGUAAUUUAACAGGUACAGAUCCAAGUCAUGGGGUGCGCAUUAAGAGGGAUUGUCGCGAAGAAAUGCAGCUUAUCAUAACGCAUUACGAUUACGAAGGUGCUGGAAAAGUGAAUCGGACGCUUUAGUUUACUCGUACGUAGAAGAAAUUAAGGAAAAUUAAACGAAUCUACACAUGUAGAUUGUGUAGUUGCGCAUAUAUCAUCAGACAGAUUAAUCAUUUAUUACGAUUAAAGACUGCAUGAAAAAAAAGAAACGCUCAGAUUCGAAAUGUAAAUACAAUCAUUAUCAAUCACGAUCAUGAUACAUGCGCCCGGCUAAAAAUAGUUUGAUCCGAAAGCGACAACAACAUUUUGUAAUUGGUGUUAUUGGGGAUGACAAUGUGGUAAAUUGUUUGAUUAAAAGUGAGUACGAAAUAGUAAACACCAAAUGAAAGUGGGAGAGAGAUGGACAUAAAUACAUACAUAGUUUUUUAAGUGUAUGCAUUACUACAGAGAGUUAUUAUAUGAGAUCGGAUACAGACAGAGCAAUAACGUGGAACAUGAUAAUAACAAUAUGAUAAGUAUAAUUGUAAUGUAAAAUGCCCUAUUUUUGUUAACGAUAGACUAAUGUUCGAAAUAUUUAUUUGUAAUUGGAGUGAAAAGCUCGGUUGAUUAAUGAUUCGUAUAAUAUAUAAGCAAAAUCAGGUGGUCGGUAUACAGUUAUUGUAAUUAUGAUAAGAUGUAAAACAACUACAAUGCGACUGUAUACCGCUGUUUGAUAAAUAAAUAUAUAGCAAGUUAUAAUGUCUACACAUAUCAUUACACGAUGUAAGGUUUAAAAUUCAUUGAUUCUAUUGUGACGAGUAAAGUGUGUGGAUUGGAUGAGACGACCACUUUACGAGAUAAUUGCUUCAAAAGGAUAAUGAACGCACACCAUUAAUAGAUAAGUGAUGGUCACUUUUAGCAAGAUAAAACCUUGACAUUAAUAUUUCUUAGUUUUGUAAACGUAUCAGAUAUUAAUGAAUAUUAUGUUGUGAUUUAGAAAAUUACAAAAACCGAUAAUAAAAGAGUAAUAAAAUA